AUGGGAGAGGGAUUCAUGGGCGAGGGAUUCAUGGGCGAGGGAUUCAUGGGCGAGGGAGCCAUGGGCGAGGGAGCCAUGGGCGAUGGUCUGAUGGACGAGCUGGGCGAGGGAUUCAUAGACGAGCUGGGUGAUGUAUCCAUGGGCGAGGGAUUCAUGGGCGAUGGCUUUGUGGACGAGCUGGGCGAGGGUGCCAUGGGUGUGGGAUUCAUGGGCAAUGGUUUUGUAGACGAGCUGGGCGAGGGAUUCAUAGACGAGCUGGUGUUUAAGAAAAAGUCUGGCGAGGCAUCCAUUGGAUGGUGGUGUUCAAUUGGCGAGGGUGUCUUGGCAGGCAUAUCUAUUGUGGGCGACAUAUUAAGUAUGUCUUCUGCACGCAGGGAGAUAGUAGACGGAAGUGGUCCUCGUCGAGAUCAAUGGGUUCAGCAGAUGAGCCUCCGGACCAUGAUCGACUGA